AUGUCUACAAACCCUUAUCGUGUGACUCAACCCUUACAACCAUUGAACCAUGGUCAGUUGAAUGCUUUAUCUAACAGCAACUUGACUCCAGUAAAACAGCAAAACAAAUGGAGAGAUGAUGCUGCUACUACAGGGUUAUCUACUGCCACCUCGGCUAACACCGCCAUAGGGUCUUUAUCAGCUGCCGCACUUAAUGGCGGGAGAUCAAACUACCAUAACCAAGUUUACAACGCCAAUAACCAACAACAACAACAACAGCAACAACAACAACAGCAACAACAACAUCAUCAUCAAAUCCACCAGCCUCCUCCACCAACAGCUGCAUCCAAACCUCAAAAGAAAAAGAAGGAAAAGUUAUCGGCCUUAUGUAAGACCCCCCCAUCAAUUGUACGUACUAGAAACGGUAGAGAUUAUCGUAGAGGUAACUUUCUCGGUGAAGGAGGUUUUGCUAGAUGUUUCCAAAUGAAAGAUUCUUCAGGGAAAAUAUUUGCAGCUAAGACAGUUGCUAAGGCAUCAAUCAAAAAUGAAAAGACAAAGACUAAACUCUUAUCUGAAAUCAAGAUCCACAAAUCAUUGAAACAUCCUAAUAUCGUCAACUUUAUAGAUUGUUUUGAAGAUGAUAUAAAUGUCUAUAUUCUUUUGGAAAUAUGUCCUAACCAAUCCUUGAUGGAAUUAUUGAAGACAAGAAAGAGAGUGAGUGAACCUGAAGUUAGGUAUUUUAUGGUUCAAAUUAUAGGAGCCGUCAAAUACUUGCAUUCAAGACGAGUUAUUCAUAGAGAUUUAAAAUUAGGUAACAUUUUUUUUGAUCCUGAAAUGAACUUGAAGAUUGGUGAUUUUGGUUUGGCAAGUGUCUUACCUGAAGGUGAAAACAAAAAGUAUACCAUUUGUGGUACUCCAAAUUAUAUUGCACCUGAAGUUCUUGGAGGUAAAGAAACUGGUCAUUCCUUUGAAGUUGAUACUUGGGCUAUUGGAAUUAUGAUGUAUGCUUUAUUGGUAGGUAAGCCACCAUUUCAAGCUAAAGAUGUUCAAGUUAUUUAUGAAAGAAUUAAGAAGAAUGAAUACUCAUUCCCUGCUGAAAAGCCUAUUUCAGAUGAAGCCAAGGUAUUAAUAAGAGAUUUAUUAAGUUUGAACCCUUUGGAUAGACCAAAUGUUCAUGAGAUCUUAAGUUAUGAAUGGUUUAAAGGCCCAUUCCCGGAUAAAACUCAUUCAUUAAGUCUCACUCAAACUCCAGAUGGGUUAGGAGAGAUUUCCAGAGCUCAAUCAGCUCUUAAUUUCAACCAUACAAAAGUCAGUGCUGGAAUUUAUACUCCUAGAUCCAAAGAUCCAGUCGAAAUUUUAAGAUCAGAUUUGUAUUCUGAACAGCCAAGAUCAAUGUUGCCCGUAUCACUUUCACCUAAUGAUACCCGCAACAAAUAUCAAGAAGUUGAUCCUGACCAUUUCCCUAGACCGACGAAAAGACCUAAUUUCAAUAGCAGUUUCUCAACAGCUAUCAAAAAACUUAAUCAAGUUUGUUUUGAAACCCAUCAAAAUAUGAGAAGAUUAGAGUAUGCAAAGAAUGAAGAUAUUGAUACCUUUGAGUUACCUGGAUGUGAAAAUCCUACAUUAAUCUCCAAAUGGGUUGAUUAUACCAACAAAUAUGGGUUUGCUUACGAAUUAAAUAACAACGAUAUUGGGGUUUUGUUCAAUGAUGACAACACCGUAUUGAAGUUGAAUAACUCUGAGAGAUUUUUGGAAUUAAUAUACCACGAGAAUGAAGGUUGGACAUGCAUUGAUAAUUCUGUGAAUCAUCCACCAGCACAAACCAAACGUCAAUUGGAAGUGGUGGAGUUUUUUGCAAGAUAUAUGAAUGCCAAUUUAUCUAAAGUCAGUGAUGAUGAAAACAGAAAGGAAACAUUAUUCUUGAGAAGAUACACUCGUAAUUCAGAUUACAUUAUGUUUGAAAUGACCAAUGGUACGUUUCAAUUCAACUUCAAAGAUCAUCAUAAAGUUUGCAUUUCCAAAUCCGGCCAUGCCAUAACCCAUGUUUCCCCCAAUAGAAUAACUCAAACUCGUCCCCUUAUCCUAGUGUUACGAGAAGGUGGGUUCCCGGACACUGACAUUCCGGAAUGCAUGGAGAAGAUUGCAGUCAUCAAAGAAGCUAUCAAGAGAAAGGCAUUUAGGGAAUCAUAG